AUGACCUGGCUCGACUACAAGAAUCUCCUGGAACACUGGGAAGUAGCAGAAGCAAUGGCCACGUUCAGUUACGACGAAGCCGAAAUCGACGACGUGAUUCAACACUUCCUCGACAGACUCCUCACAAGACCGACUCUCAAGGCCUACGCCUACGAGAAAGGGAUCGUAACGAUCCAGGACGUCAUCGUUUCUCGACUCAAAAAACCGCUCACCCCGAAGCAAAAACGGAAAAUAAAGACCUGGUGCGAGCACAGAGCGCGGGAGUCAGCAACCCAGACUCUGCAAUACCCAAAGCAAGCGGAGGUCGUCGACGAGCCCGAGGCAAUCCGACUCUGGGAAGAGCUCCUGAAGACAAAUAAGCCCAAGCCAAGAGAAGCGGCCAUCGCUUUCUUCAUCUGCUUUACGACGGGAGCAAGAAUGAAAGAAGCGCUCAAUCUCAGAGUCGAAGAUCGAGAAGUCGUUACCGAAGACGGAAACGAAUUUUGGCGAUUCCAUAUUCGAUGCAGCAAAACCGAUCCGUUCUGCAAGCGAAUGGAAACCCUCACCAUCGUUAUGGACAUGCGGCAUGGAGUCCCACUCGGCCUAGAACUUAGAGCCCAACUCAGGGAUCGAGAUUCAGGCCUUGUUCUCAAGACGCUCGAAGGCCAUACUCGCAUCGCAUCUGACUACCUGGCGCGCUACGGAGCCAAGGCAAAACUGUCAAAAAAGGUCUCGGCGCACACGGGAAGAGUCAGUUUCUACAUCGAGGGACGCCGAACAGGCUUAUCACAACAGACUCUAGCACACACACUCCGUUGGGCACCGGGAAGCUCCAUGCCAGACUACUACGAAAGGUGCUGGCUUGAAUGUAGCAACUCAGGAGCGCCGGUCAGCGUGGCAAAAUCUAGAGCCAGAAAACGAAACGACAGCACUAGCAGCGACCAAGACCAACCAAAGAGUCAAGAACGACCAGAAGCAAGUCAAAAGCCAAAGAAGCCGAAAAACACUGCUGAAGAAGCAUAA